GCUCAUAUGUUCGGCUCGCUUAUAAUGCACGUUAAUCAGCGAAAAGUCAUCUCCAAAUGGCUGGGCCAUAGCGAAACUGAUGAUUAACGCUUUCACUACGGACAUACUAGAGCUUCUCUAAACAGGAGAUUGCAUGCCGGCUAAAACAAACCGGCACAACAUCCCUAAUAUCAAAUUAAAUGUCGUGCGGUAUAUAAGGGUACCACCUAAGUGUUGCAGGCAACGAUGUCGUUUUGCUGUGUGAUAGGAUCCAACCCUUAGACCCUCCGCAAUCAGACUUGCAAUUGGCAGAGCUCGUGCGAUUCGUUUGCGUCGCACUUGUGGUAUGAAAUGCGCCUUGGCGGGGUCCCGUUGGUAGACCUGCAGCACUGCUCGACCGAGGACGAUGAGGAGGUUGUGGCGCAGGAUAUGAAGAAGAAUAAAGGUGAUAAGGCGCUCACGAUGAAGAAGCAUAUUGUCGCUGCUGAAGCGGAGCCGCCGUGGGAGAGAGACGGUAGUCUCAUCAACAUAAGCACUCAAGGUGACCCUCUCGACCGAAAGCUGCUCGACCGUCUGCUCCUUGUGGGAAGCCCUGAAUGCAAAGUGAAGCAACCGGCGCCGUGCAGCUGCCGUACGAAGGAGGAAUGCCGACAAGCCCUGCAGUGCUCGUGCCGGAGAAUCCCAAUCCCCAGUAUUGUCAGGACCGUCAUCAAAAAGCCACUCCGUGACGACUGUCUCGUCGCCGAGGAAGCUUGUCUGAUCGCAUGGCAGCUGCAGGCGGUAGGCCUUCUCGUCGACGGUGUGGAAGCCGUAGCGGCCACCGUCGACGAUGGCGUCCAUAUAGAAAGUCGACCAGGCAACACGGCGGAGGGCUUCGCACGAAAGGAGGGGGAGAGCCGGAUGUUGGGAGCCAGCUUGAUCGAAUAUGUGCGGUCAAAGGUAUGCAAGGACAUCAUUUGCAUCAUCCUACAGUUCUGGCCAGUGAGUGCUUCGACUCUGCGAAGCCAUCCUCGGGUCGUAAAUCAGGACCCCUUGGAAAGGGGGCGCGGCUGGUAAGUAGGUACCUUGUACAUUCAGCCCCUAGCACCCAGGCGGACGUGAAGUUUCCGCGGUGGAAGUCGUAGUGUUGGGCCAACAAAAGAGUCAUAAGCUGAAUCACCCCGAAGCCCUGAUGGAUACGAGGGCGUACGGCUGAAAGCGCUGUGUCGGCCCAGGCGUCAGCCCUUGCCAGAUUUUCAGCUGUCGUUGCACCUCCAAAGCUGUUGGGUUCAGUCGUUAGCGAACAGCUGGAAGAGAACCAGGCGGAACCGUGCAAUAGCCG